CGCGCGGCUUUACCAAUAACGACACUGAACUCCACAGAAACUCGGGAAACAGAAACCCAUCAGCUCCGUUUCCAUUCGCACUUGUGUUGGACUGCAACUCGCUCCAGAGCUCUUCUGUUUCCGCGACCGAACUGUCACCAUGAACUCCCUGAACGAGCAGUACGAGGAGAAGGUUCGUCCCUGCAUCGACCUGAUCGACUCUCUGCGCUCUCUGGGUGUGGAGAGUAUUGUGACAAGAUGUCCUCUGGAACUGAAAAUGAAGAAAAUCACUAAAGACCAGAAGUGGAAUGGAAAGAUUCAUUACCGUGACUUUACAGAGGAAAUAAAAGACCCUGCAAGUGUGGAGGAAAAGAUCAUUCAAGCUCAAGACAAAAUGGCUGGCGUUGGGGUGGGGAUCAGUAAAGAGCUCAUCAGUCUGGAAAUCGCAUCCCCCAGUGUUCCAGACCUGACCCUCAUUGACCUGCCCGGCAUCACCAGAGUGGCUGUCAAAGGACAACCAGCAGACAUUGGUGAACAGAUAAAGAGACUGAUCUGGGAGUUCAUUGGCAAACGAGAAACCAUCAACUUGGUGGUGGUUCCUUGCAAUGUGGACAUAGCAACGACUGAAGCUUUGAAAAUGGCACAAGAGGUGGAUCCAGAAGGAGAAAGGACUCUUGGUAUUCUGACCAAGCCUGACCUGGUGGACAAAGGCACAGAGGAGAAUGUAGUUGACAUUAUCAACAACAAGGCUAUUCCCCUUAAAAAGGGCUACAUGAUAGUGAAGUGCAGGGGUCAGAAUGAGAUCACAAAGAAGGUUUCUCUCACCACAGCUCUGGAGAAAGAGAAAACCUUCUUCCAGAAGCAUUCGCAUUUCCAGAGUUUAUACUAUGAUGGCCGCGCCUCUGUCCCUAAACUUGCAGAAAAGCUGACCUUGGAACUGGUGCAUCAUAUCCAGAAAUCUCUGCCUCGUCUGGAGGAGCAAGUAGAGACAAAGCUCAAACAGACUCAGUCAAAGUUGGACAACCUAGGUUGCGGUCCCCCAUCCGAGCCCUCAGAGAAACUCGGCUUCCUCAUCGAUAGAGUGACUUCCUUCACGCAGGAUGCAGUAUAUCUUUCCAAAGGGGAGGAUUUGAGAUGUGGAUACAAGUCCAAGAUCUUCUCUGUGCUCAGACAGCGAUUUAGCAGUUGGAAUCAUCUAAUCGAAGACUCAGGAACAACAUUCAGCUGGAAUAUUGAGAAAGAAGUGACCCAGUAUGAACGCAAGUACCGAGGUAAAGAACUGCCAGGCUUCAUUAACUACAAGACCUUUGAAGCCAUGGUGCAAGAGCAGGUCAAACAGCUGGAGGAGCCUGCCAUCCUGAAGCUCAAGGAGGUGUCCGAAACGGCAAAGAAAGAGUUCUUUGCUUUAAUUCAAAGGAGUUUAGUCGGACUUCCUAAUCUUAUGAGGGCAGCUAAGUUGAAGACUGAAGCCAUCAUGAAUGAGAAGGAAGGUCUUGCCGAGUCCAUGCUGAGGACGCAGUUCAAGAUGGAAAUGAUCGUUUAUACCCAGGACUGCAGAUACAGCAAGAAGCUGGGGAAGAGGAAGAGUGAAGGCGGCUUGGUCAGUAUUACCAAUGGCAUCGGGGCCAGCCUGAAAGAGAUGGCCAAACAUCUGAAAUCCUAUUAUCAAAUUGCCGGCCAGCGUCUGGCUGACCAGGUCCCUCUGGUGAUCCACUACCAGAUGCUGCAGGAGUUUGCCGUCCAGCUGCAGAGAGAGAUGCUGCAGAUGCUUCAAGACAAAGAGAAAAUGGAGUUGCUGCUUCAAGAGGACCAUACCAUAAAAGAGAACCGGGUCCACCUGCACAACUGCAUUAAACGCCUGUCAAAGGCACGCAUGCUGCUGAGCGAUUUCAGUAUGUCCAUUUACGACUUCAACCCCAUGCAGUUUUAGAAUCAUAAAUCUAGUAAGAGAAAUCUCCAUCAAGACCAAGUAAAGCAAAGUUUUACCUCAGAUCCAGAUCUAUAAGCCUUUGUGUUCUCUGGUGAAGAAUCUUGUUUUAAUAGUCUAUUUGUUUUUUAAAAAUCUUAUUUAAAUCCCAGACAGUCACACCACUUAAAAGAAAACCUUUAAAUUCAGAAGAUCCUCAGAUGGUCAGAAUUACAAAUGUUAUUUUCGUAGACUCUGAAGUGGCAUAUGAAGAGAUUCCAUCAAGCAUUAUUCUCUUUUUGUAAGGGAAGAGAGGAUCACUUAAAAGUAUUUGGGAAGAGAUUCCUUCAUCUGUUUAGAUGUCAUAUAGAUCUCAUUGAUAAAUAAGAAAUAAGUUAUUCUGUAAAGUUUGAGGUAACAGGUAAAUAACCUGUGUAACAGAUGUAAAGAAUAUCUUUGAAAGCUUGAAAAGAAAAAUAUAUUCCUGUGUUGACUUUUAAAAAGUGACUAAAUGUUUGUUUUUGUUGUUUUUUUUAACAAAGUUUAUUCUGUUUUUUGUGAGUGCUCAUCUGCUUCUCUUUCACUGGCGUGGUUAUGUUUGUAAAUUUCUAAAAAUAAUAAAGGAAAAUUCUACAAAUCUUUUUUGUUUUCUUUUAGAUGUUGAUGAAGGUUUUCAUUCAUUCAGGUGACAUCUUGAGUCAUAGCAACUGGACUUU